CUGUCCCCACAUUGGCAGCUUGGCCCCUUGGAGGCUUGGACUGAACUUGGAGCUUCCGAGUCAAUUUCAACACCAAGCUUGUCCUUCAAGAACAGGCGCUGACACCAGGCACUCGCUGUCAGAACCGAGAGGCUUUUAUCACACGGCCACAACAACAGAGACAAUGGCGCCGGACCCCCUUGGCCCAGCCGCGGUUGCGGAGGCUAUGGCUAAUGCCUUGCCGACCCACGACAAAGACGAUACCACCUCCGAUCUGAGCAGUUCGCUUGACUGCGUCGCGCUCUUCGUCCAUGCCUGCAUGGUAAACGUUGGCUUCCGGUUACUGGGCUUCAACGAAGACCAGAAAAUCGAAGCUGAAUGCGCCCGUACAGCCCCGCGCCUGCCAGCGCAAUGGAACAAGUCACUCAACACGCACAGCUUCGCCUACGCCCACACUCAGUCAUCGAUGCAGUUCAUCGUACACAUCGACCGUAUGGGCGCUAAGAUUGAAGUCCGCGGCCUGGCCAUCGGCGACGACCGCAUCGCUCGCUUCGACAUCACCGCGCGUGACUACAUCUCGUCAGCCGCGCUGCCCCUGCGUAUACCAAUGACGGAAGAUGGCACCGAAGACCGAAGCAAUCUCCCGCAAAAGCUCAAAACCCUCUUUAUCUCCGAAGAGCGGAUCACAGAUCUGGCGUCCCUGCUAAAAGUCUCCCUGAUUCAACGCCUACUCCCGGCCCUUUACAAGGAAGGCUACAGCGAAGAAGCGACCUCCCACCGGCGCACGACACCCCCUCCCCAACCGCACGACCCCAACCGGCCUCCCUUCCCUUCCCACCUCCCUCCACCAGCAGUCCCAAACCCGUACCCAGCCCCCGACCCCCUCGCGGCCCCGCCGCGCGGCCCAAUCCCAGCCGCUGACUUCCCGCCGCCGGGCUUCGAAGACGAGUACGAAGUCAACCGCCCGCCGCGCGGCCCCAUCCCCUUCGGUCCAUCAGGCGGGUUCGGCGGCCUAGGACAGGACGACCUGUACCCAGCCGGGCUGGGACCGCACGAUCCCAUCCGGGGCUCAUUCACCGGCCCGGGCGGCUUGCGCCGGCCCGGCGGCGGACUAGGGGGCGGAGCAAGAGGAGGUGGAGGGAUGCACCCUACCUUUGACGACCCGCUGUUUCAGGGGCCCAGAGGAGGGGGGGGAGGCGAGGGGGAUGAUACCUUCGGCGGGCAGGUCCCGCCAGGGGCGAGGUGGGAUCCGCUCGGUCCGGGGGGUCAACCAAGGUUUGGUGGAGGACGGCCGGGAGGAAGGGGUGGAGGAGGAUUUGGUGGCUUUGGCGCGUUCGGAGGGGGAGAUAUCAUCUAGCCCUUUGUGAUGUGAGCUUUGGCCGGCUGGAGCUGUAUGUGUCGGGUGGGUGAGCAGUUUGGAAGAUUGAAAACUGCUUUUAAGAGUGUUGUGAUGCAGGCUGGGAGAGACUGAGAGUGGAAAUGGGCAAAGGAGACGCAGACUGGCUUGGAACGAGGAAUGACUGCAAAUCUAAGGGUUUCAUGUGUAUCUACCUUACCUACUAGUAUGUAUUAGUACGAUACUGACGUCCGGCUCACGAUAAUGAAGCAGUGCUAUUAUGAUAGC